AUGAGAUUCAACGUACGACUGCACGGUUGUUGCGAUGGCUGGGCAACCGACUGCGACGCAACGUGUAGCUGUAUCAACAUGAGUAUGAGUUACGGUGACGGCUCCGCGUGCUUGAGCGCCAUCGGGUCCGGGCACGCGCUGCUGGAGCCGGUGUGCCCCGGCUACUCCACCAGGACCAUGCGCCGCGCCUUCAUCGUGUGGCUGCACACUGGCCAGCAGAACGACUUCCAACAAGUCUGCAACUACUACCACCGGCUUGAACUUCUUGAGAGUAAGAUGACAGAGGAGCAGCGUUCAAUAAGCAGGCUGCACGAGUACACCCUGGUGGUGGACACUCCACCGUCCACAUUGUUCGUGAACAAGUACUUCCCGCUGCUGUACGCGCCGGGCAACGACGCCGAGCCGGACAAUCUAAGGAGGCUGCUGCAGAUGAGAGCAGACGACUGUGUCUUUAACUACGAUGGCUUCAACGCCAUGAGGAUAGAAGGAAACACUACAGGGUAUGACAUCUUCAAAGCCAGCACCCUCGUCCGAAAGUACUGCAAAGAUUACUCCAAACAUCUUACAGCAGUGUAUCCAGAAUUCCAAGACUUUGUCAGAAAAACUGGAAUAAUAAAUUCUGUCAGCAACCUCGUCAUGUACAUCAGGAACAAAUAUCUUAAAGAUGAAAUGGUUCUUGCUCGGGUGAUGCCGAAGGAUUAUUCUUACUUGAAUAUUAAGGCUGGUCAGAUGGCCACGGAGAAAAUGAGUUUCAGAAGGUUGAUCAGGGAGUGUAGGAAGCAGGAAAUGUUACUCUUCAGCUCUGAAUUUAACACUCCGAAGAAGUCUGCCGUCAACCCUGAGGAUCUCCCCACGAGCGUGCGCUCCUUCAUUUACGGUAUAUAA